AUGACCAACAGCUCGUUGAGCAGGGUCCUCCUCAAUCCAGAAGCAUCAGGGUGGCUGAUUAAGUGGACCACAGAGCUCAGUGAGUUUGAUAUUCAAUAUCAGCCCCGGACAGCCAUAAAGGCACAAUCUCUAGCAGACUUCGUCACCGAGGUGCAAGACCCCGAGCCCGAAGUCACAUGGAAGGUGUACGUGGAUGGGUCUUCCACCCAGCAAGGGAGUGGGGUGGGAAUACUACUGAUCUCCCCCAAAGAAGUGCGGAUGCAGCUGUCUAUUCGGCUGGAGUACCGAGCAACCAACAACGAGGUCGAGUACGAGGCUCUCAUAGCCUGGCUGCAAGCCGCUCGGCACGUGGGCGCCAUCAGAGUUCUAAUUCAUUCGGACUCACAGUUAGUCACCCAGCAACUCUCCGGAACAUUCGAGAUCAAUAGCGCUCGGCUCAGGCUCUAUGCCGACGCUUUCGAAAAGUUGAAAGCCAAUUUCCAGGAGGUAGUUAUAAAGAAGGUUCCUCGAGCGGAGAAUCAAGCGGCGGAUGAACUGGCGAAACUAGCCAGCUCCAUAUUGUCGAUCAUCAUUCAGCAGCCGAUCGACCAAGUGUCCCUCGUGGCCCAUAUCGACCGGAUGGAAGGACUUACCUUUCCGAGCGAUUGGAGAACGACGCUCAUAGAGUUUCUGCGAGCAGGAGCUACGCCUUCUGAUCAGGAAGAGGCUCACCUGCUGAGAAGGCGAGCAGGCAAAUUCACAUUAAUCGGAGACCAGCUGUACAAGAAAGCUUUCUCCCGACCGCUUCUCAAAUGCGUCGGGCCCGAAGACAUCGAAUACAUACUGCAUGAGGUACACCAAGGCUCCUGUGGAGGACAUUCAGGCGGCCGUUCGCUAGCAAGGAAGAUUUUGCUGGCUGAAUACUUUUGGCCGACCCUUCAGGAGGACGCCGCUCGGACCGUAUCCACUUGCUUGUCCUGCCAAAGGUACCACAAUCUCUCACACCGCCCGAUGGAAGAAAUGAAGGCGUCUGCGGUAUCUUGCCCGUUCGACUAG